AUGACAUGGAAUGCUCCAAAUUACUGUGAUAUAUAUAAUAAUACAGCAGCACUAAUUAUCUAUGAUCAUCAACGAAAUUUUCGUCCAGUUUAUUUUCGUCAUCGACCACAUCCAUUUGUUUUACCAAAUCAUGAAAAUGCUUUUGAAUUGGGUAAUCGAUUAAUGAAAGCUUACGUAGAAAAAAUUAUUUUGGUAUUAAUCCAAGAUAAUAUCAAAUCAAUCAGUGAUUUUCGAACUAGUGAUGUUGACGAUGAUGCAACAAGACGUUUCAGAGCACGAGAAGAAAUGUUUAUUGAUCACAUACGUAAAUGUCAAUAUUUUAACCAAAUUAGUAUUCAAUUGGGUAACUUAGUACCAUCAGAACAAUUGCAAGAGAAAGCAUUACGAAAUCAAGACGUUUUUGAACAAGAACUUCCUGUACUUAGCAAAUUAUUAGAAUAUGAUCCUUCGUUAAUAUUUGAUUCAGCAUCAAAAAUAGAUGCUUUAUAUGAACAACGACUCUAUUAA